GCAAAACCCUCCUUUUUGGAAAAAGACCAGACUUCAAAUGAUGUUUUAAAGUCCGCCUGCAUUCCUCACUCUUGCUUGUUUCUCGUGCUGUCUCGCCCUUACACCAGAAACCCGAGAGAUUCGACCUAGCUUCUGCUCGGCGAAAAGCCACAAAGGUAAAGUGAAAGGCGGUGUUGUGUGCUGUCUAUCUCUCUCUCUUCCUCUGUCUACUACACAUGGCUUCCUCAAUCCUGACUCGCCAGCUGGCCAGCUCCCUUCAGCAGAAUCUGCGUCUCGCCACUCCAGGUUGCAGAUAUGUCAGUAAAACUGCCACAAAGACUGUGUCAGAGUUUGAAUAUGAUGCCCCUUCCAUGAAGACUCCCAUGCCAGGUCCAAAGUCCCAGGAGCUGACGAGACAACUCGGAGAGAUUCAGAAUGUUGGAGCUGUUCAUUUCUUCUGUAACUAUGAGGAGAGCAGGGGGAACUACCUGGUGGAUGUGGACGGCAAUCGACUGCUGGAUGUUUACACACAAAUUUCCUCCAUCCCCAUCGGUUACAAUCAUCCGGCUUUAAUAAAAGUGAUGACCAAUCCAAACAAUGUGAGUGCGUUUGUCAACCGGCCUGCGCUUGGAAUUUUGCCGCCCGAGAACUUUCCGGACAAACUGAUCGAGAGCCUUCUGUCGAUUGCCCCCAGUGGGAUGACCCGAGUACAGACCAUGGCCUGUGGCUCCUGCUCCAAUGAGAACGCUUUCAAGGCCAUGUUUAUCUGGUACAGAAAUAAAGAGAGAGGACACAGCAACCCCUCUGAGGAGGACAUUGGUACCUGCAUGAUCAACCAGAGCCCAGGAUGCCCAGAUUUAAGCAUCUUGUCUUUUAUGGGAGGUUUUCAUGGGAGAACUUUGGGUUGCUUGGCCACAACACAUUCCAAAGUCAUUCACAAGCUUGACAUUCCGUCCUUCGACUGGCCCAUCGCACCCUUCCCUAAACUGCAGUAUCCUCUGGAGGAGUUUGUAAGGGAGAAUGAGCAGGAAGAGGCCCGCUGCCUAGAGGAGGUGGAGGAUCUCAUUGUGAAGUGGAGGCAGAAGGGCAAACCGGUGGCAGGAAUUGUGAUAGAGCCCAUCCAGGCAGAGGGAGGAGACAAUCACGCCUCCCCUGACUUCUUCAUCAAACUCCGCAAUAUCGCACGCAAGCAUGGCUGUGGUUUCCAUGUGGAUGAGGUGCAGACUGGUGGAGGGGCUACAGGCAAAUUAUGGGCCCAUGAGCAUUGGGGUCUGGAUGACCCUGCUGAUGUGGUCUCCUUCAGCAAGAAGCUGCUCACAGGAGGAUACUUCCACAGAGAUGAAAUGCUAACAGACAAGCCCUACAGAAUUUUCAACACAUGGAUGGGAGACCCCUCCAAGAAUCUGUUCUUAGCCGAGGUGCUCAAUGUGAUCAGAAGAGAGAACCUUCUGGAAGAGGUCACUCGCUCAGGAAAGGCUCUUUUGCAGGGUCUUUAUGCACUGCAGACCCAGUACCCUAAUAUCCUGAGCAGGGCCCGUGGCCAGGGUACCUUCUGUGCCAUAGACGCGUGUGAUGAUGCCACCCGUAACACUAUCAUGUUUAAUGCCAGGAACAAGGGCGUUCUCCUGGGAUCCUGUGGAGAAAGGUCCAUUCGUUUCCGGCCCGCUCUAGUCUUUAAGGAGUAUCAUGUUCAUCAGCUCUUGAACAUCUUGAAUGACGUCCUGGCUGAGCAGAAAUAGAGACCUCGCUGCCAGGUCGGCCAUCAAUAAGAAGCAUAGCAGUCCAAACUCAUAGUGGGUUUAUACCAUCCAGUCACAAUUAAUCGGUCUCUCUUUCUCUCAGCCUGCUCUCCUCUUACAAUUUUUUUUUUUUUAAGAUAGAAAUCUGCUUUCUUUCUUUAUUAAUUAGUCAGACACAGAUGCCAACUUUGUUUCCAUAUUCUCUUCUUUUACCAAAAGUGGCCAGAUUGAAGAAAGAGUAUACAGUUAGGAAUUAUCCCGGUUAUAACAACGCCCAAAUCUAUGGUUACUCCAAUUGUAGAUUGAUAAAAAAAAAAAAAAAGCCUAAAUCUUUUGCACAUCUCUCAUAUGUUGCAAUUUUGUCUGUGAACUACAGAAAGAAGUGAUUCAGUACCAGAGAAACACUUACACAAACAUAAAGUUCCACAGCUCUCCCAAGUCAGUUCUGAAUAAAACAGUAUGAGCUCACAGAGACAGGACAGGAUUUCUAAUUGCAAUAUUUCUGCUAACAUCUAUUUUUUACCAGCAGAGGCUGACCAGGUCUUAGUGUUUGGACGUUAACAUGAAAGAAGUGGUCCCACAGUAUGUAAACACUUAAAAUUCUUGCACAAGUUCUUUCCAGCAAGGAAAGAAAGCAGCAGUCAUAUUAAUCAUGACAUUUACAGAGAUGAAAACACAUCCGUAAAUAGAUACUAGUUUAGUAUCUAUAGUGAAAUGGCUGCACUGGAAAUGUUGUUUAUUGUGUGAUUUUUGCAUGAUGACAGAUUAGAAUUUACAGAGAACCUGAAUAUGAUGGUCCUCUCUGAAUUAGAAGCAUGUGUGAGAGUCUUAAAAUCAUUGUGGAAAAGAUGGUUGACUGAUUGCAUCCUGAGAGCCAAUGGAACGCUGGAAGUGAUAAAGUACAGAGAACUGUGGAGCCUCUAUUCCUGUUUUAAUUCAAAAACCUCAUAUAACCGCAAGCAAUCAGCAAGUCCCUUUAUUAAAGGAGACUGCUUAAUCAUAUUAUUCUUUUAAGGAAAAGUUAAACCAAAAAUGAAAAUUGUCACUUUAUUCACCCUCAUGUUGUUUCACACCUGUAGGACGUUUUUUUUUUGUAUGUCAGGCGGUAUGUUAGUCUCAGUCACCAUUCACUUUCAUUGCUUUUUUUAUUUCUCCAAUCAAUGAAAGUGAAUGGUGACUAAGGCUGCCAUCCUGCCUAACAUCGUGGAAUUAAGAAAGUCAUACAGGUUUGGGAUGACAUAGACAGUCAUGGAACUGUCCCUUUAAAACAGAGAUUAGCAAAAAAUGUAAUCAUAAAGAUCCAUUGUCUUUACUGUGAAGAGAGGCCAAAACAUUUCAAGCACACACUUGUGAAACUGUGGAUUACGUGAGAGCCGAUUUUGUCUCCAGGUAUGCCAAUAUCCAAAAACAGGGUUUCACAGUUUACCAUGACAGGCCAUAAAUCUGAAUCCACCAAGAGUACCAAUCUGUUAAAAGCACAUAUAACUCAGAGACAAGCUUGGGGCAGCUUGGUUUAGUGUCCAUCCACUUCUCAGGAGAACGUGAUCGCCUCAUAAUUCAAUGUUUAUUGCCGUUUUCUCAUUAUGGGCCACAUGUACGAAGCAGAAUGAUAUACAUAGUUCCACUGGAACAUCACGCACAAGAUAUUGUUCAUUGCCACUUAAUGGUUUUCUCCCAGAAAGCUCGAUGCCUGUAAAUGUUUAUGAUCUUUUUGGUGAUUAUCCUGUUCUAGCUUCUCCAAGCUGAAAGGGCUAAUAAAUAGAUGUCCCUUCUGCUUGGUUUGUGGUAAUUGGAGUGUUAACCGUCUUUUGUUUCAAAGCACUUAAACCCCAAUGUGUACUUACUGUAGUUAGAUUAUGCAAGACUCAUGCUACCAGCAUUCUUAGUGAAGAUUGACCUUUUUUUCCAACUUUGUUUAUGGCACCAUCUUUUAGGGGUCUCAGAAUUAAUUUAAUUAUUUAAACUGAUAUGAAAGGGAGAGUUCACCCAAAAAUGAAAAUGCUCCUCAUAUACUCACCCUCAUGCCAUCCCAGAUGUGUAUGACUUUCAUUUUUCUGCUGAACACAAAUAAAGAUUAUUCCAAAACCAUAUGACUUUCUUCCUAGGCACACAAAAGGAUAGGCAGAAUAACAGCCCCAGUCACCAUUCACUUUCAUUUGAUCUUUUGUACAUACAAUGAAACUGAAUGGUGACCAAGAGCAUUUUGCCUAACAUGGUGAGUAAAUGACUACAUUUUCAUUUCUGGGUGCACGCUCUCAUUAAUGUCAGUUUAAAUAAGGAACUUUACCUCAUUAAUGUAAUUCAUUAAUCGCAGCAGUAAUGAAAAUGUACAAAAUCACACCCUCUCUAAUACUGAACAUUAUUCUUUUGUGAUAUUGCGUCCCAUGUCAGUGUAAUGUAGAAAUAUGGUUAAUGUUGUUUUGAAUGCUUUUUAAAUGUUUGAUUAAUGUUGUGGACAGGUUGAGUGCACAGGCUCCUUAGAGACCUGAUAUGUUAAAGCUGUGCCUGUGUGUAUUUGACAAAGUCAGUUUAAUAGACAACUUUGUAUUAUUUAUAGCUAACAAUUAUACAAAUUGGUAAUGUUUGUUUACACUGUUUAUGUGUAGUAAAACUAGAACAAUUAUUGAUGUAACUUUUUCUAAAUAAACCUAAAUAUUAUUGUCAGAAGUUAUAAAUAAAAUCUCAAUCUUAAAAUCUUAAAAUAAAUCUCAUCAAACUAAUAUUACAUUUUGAUUCACCUUUUUCUUGCUUGACUUUGAAUUAAAAUGAAAACAAGUCAUGCAUAAUGAUCCAACUGAUAUAUUUUCACAAUAUGUUGACAAUACACAGACAUUUUUUUAGUAAAUAAAAAAUAUAUGGUGAGCUAUGUAUUUCAGCUAUUUAGAUAUACAAGUUAAGGCGUUUUGUUAAGCGUGUGCAGUCAGUUUUCUUAAAGGGAUAGUUCACCCAAAAAUGAUUGUUCUCUCAUCAUUUAAUCACCCUCCUGUUGUUUCAAACAAAUCUAUUUUGUAUUAAAAAAUAAGUUUAGGCAGAAUGUUAGGGAAGGAUAGCCAGUCACCAUUCACUUUCAUUGCAUGUUUGUUGAAACAACAGGGUGAGUAAAUAAUGACCAUAUUUGAAUUUUUGGGUGAACUAUCCCUUGAAGUGUAUCCCAGAUUCUCAAGACAACAA